ACUACGGCUUUAGUUAGUUGCGCUGAAAAUGAAAUCAUUGUUAGUUCUCGCUGGCCUUUUUGCUCUGGCAUACGGUGGACCGGCAGCUCGAACCACUGCCGAAAACUACCAUGCUAUUAUUGGUAUCCAAGAAGCUCUAAGAAUUAAGCAUAUUGAGGAAGCUUUAGAUUUCGAUGGUUCCAGGAUUAUUGGAGGGAGUGAUUCAAGAUUAGGAGAAAACCCGCACUUGGGUGGACUUAUCAUUGCCUUGACCAGUGGACGGAGUUCAGUAUGCGGAUCAUCGCUCCUAACGAACACUAAGGCUGUCACUGCAGCUCACUGCUGGUGGGAUGGAAACAACCAAGCCCGUCGCUUCACACUUGUCUUUGGUUCAGUGCGUUUAUUCUCUGGUGGUGUUCGAGUUACCACUGCUAACGUUGUUAUGCAUCCGCAGUGGAACCCGCGUACAGCGAGCAGCGAUGUUGCCGUCAUUACAAUGAACUACAUUAAUUACAAUAACAAUAUUCGCCCCAUCUCAAUGGCUACUGGCAACAAUAACUUCGUUGGAACCUUUGCAGUCGCUGCAGGCUAUGGUGUCACCUCCGACUCUCAAAAUGGCAUUUCCACCAACACGGUUCAGAAAAAAGUUAAUCUCAGAGUGAUUUCAAACGAUGAGUGUCGACGAUCGUACGCAUUCAUCGAAGACUCUAUUCUCUGUGUUAAUACCGAAGGAGGAACAGUUAGUACCUGCGGCGGAGAUUCUGGUGGUCCUCUUACAGUGGGCAGUAGUUUGAUUGGUAUUACAUCUUUCGGUCAUGUAGCCGGCUGUGAAAGUGGAUACCCCGCUGCAUUUUCAAGAGUCACUUCUUUCCAAUCGUGGAUUUCAAGCCGUCUGUAAAAUGAGAUCAUAAAACCUAGUGUUAUUAUUUCAUUACCAUUAUAUGCUAUAAAAAAACCCGAGUUUAUUCAUUUCUCACGGGCUUUUCAUAGUCUCACUCACCCCUAAUAAAAACAUAAUUAUACAAUUUUGGCAUUACUCCUUGUUCAAAAAAUAAAUAUAUUUUUUCAUUU